AUGUUUUUUGAGAGGUACUUGAGGAGCCCUAACAGCGAUGAUAUUUCAAGAUUAUUAGCGAUGGGAAGCAAUCGCGGGUUUCUUGGUAUGUUAGGGAGCAUUGAUUGUAUGCAUUGGAAGUGGAAAAAUUGUCCUACUACACAGAAAGGUAUGUAUUUUGGUCACAUCCAUGAACCAACUAUUAUUUUAGAGGCUGUAGCUUCUCAAGAUUUAUGGAUAUGGCAUGACUUUUUUGGGAUGCCUGGAUCUCAUAACGACAUCAAUGUAUUAGAUCGUUCUUUUGUAAUUUCACUCCUUACUCAAGGUCGUGCUCCUCCAGUCAAUUACUCAAUCAAUGGAAAUGAUUAUACAAUGAGAUACUAUCUUGCCGAUGGUAUAUAUCCGCAAUGGGCAACAUUUGUCAAAAUAAUCUCAUUUCUACAAGGGAAUAAACAAAUAUAUUUUGCAAAAGCUCAAGAAUCGACGAGGAAGGAUGUUGAGCGAGCAUUUGGUGUGCUCCAAGCACGUUUUGCGAUUAUACAAGGACCUGUACGUUUUUGGAAAAUGAAAAUAAUGGAAGAUAUUAUGAUGGCAUGCAUAAUAAUACAUAACAUGAUUGUUUAUACAAUGAGAUACUAUCUUGCCGAUGGUAUAUAUCCGCAAUGGGCAACAUUUGUCAAAAUAAUCUCAUUUCUACAAGGGAAUAAACAAAUAUAUUUUGCAAAAGCUCAAGAAUCGGCAAGGAAGGAUGUUGAGCGAGCAUUUGGUGUGCUCCAAGCACGUUUUGCGAUUAUACAAGGACCUGUACGUUUUUGGAAAACGAAAAUAAUGGAAGAUAUUAUGAUGGCAUGCAUAAUAAUGCAUAACAUGAUUGUUGAAGAUGAGAGGAAUGCCAAUGGAAUGGAUUUUAAUUAUGAUACAAUUAGUGAAAGUCUUCCACCAGUGUCUCAUGAGCGUACACCAUAA